AUGGCUUCUUUCCCACUUGAUGACCAGGUUCUAGUACAAGAGACUAUGUUCGUGAGAACAUUGACCUUGAACAGGCCUCGCCAACUGAACACCCUUUCCCUUGAAAUGAUCUCUCAGCUGUCAGAACUUUUCCUGGCCUAUGAGGACGAUGCCAAUGUCAAGUUGAUCAUUCUCAAGGGUAGAGGAAGAGCAUUUUGUGCUGGCGGCAAUCUAGCUACCGUGCAUCGUCACUUUCUUGAAGGAAAUCUGAAAUAUGGUGAAAAAUCAAUUAGUAUACCUGGUGGCGGAUCCACCAUUGGGUCAAUGGGGUUAGACGACCCCAUGGUAGCCCUGGAAAUGGCUUGGAGGUUCUUGGUUUCUCUUGGCAACCAUGGGAGACGACCCCAUGGAGAAGAAGAUGCAAGCUGCUAG